GACAUCACAGGCGCUGUCUACAGGGUGGAACCGUUAAGCUAGCAGCAGUUUCUAGCUUAGCUGAGCUUUGGUUAGUCCACGUCGAAAGGAAAAUAAAGCUUCCCGAUGCGCGUGGUUGUUAUGCUGUAGAUAGGUGAAGCUGCGCGUGGUUAUGGUCAAGGUAAAGUAAUCAAAUACAAAGACUAGUCAGUCGGCUUUCAACAUUAACCAGUCGUUAUGGAUGCAGUGAACGCCUUCAACAUGGAGUUGUUCUCCAUGAUUGACAUGAAGCCGCCAAUAUCCCGUGCUAAAAUGAUGUCUGUAACAAAAUCAGCCAUCAAGGCUAUCAAGCUUUACAAACACGUUGUCCAGAUUGUUGAAAAGUUCAUUAAGAAGUGCAAGCCCGAGUUAAAAGUUCCUGGUUUAUAUGUGGUUGAUUCCAUUGUUCGCCAAUCACGCCAUCAGUUUGGUGUUGACAAGGAUGUAUUUGGUCCAAGAUUCUUGAAAAACUUCACAGAGACCUUUCAAAACCUUUAUCGCUGCCCAGAGGAUGACAAGACUAAAAUUGUCCGUGUCCUUAACCUGUGGCAGAAGAAUGGUGUGUUUGACAUGGACAUCCUUCAGCCUCUAAUGGAUAUGGCAAAUGGUGUUAUUACACCUCGCCCUGCAGUGGAAGUUCCUACUGAGCCCCAACCAGAGACACGGCCUCCUGUCAGUAAUGUUCCAGUCAUGCCUACAGUCCCCCAGCUACCCAGUCCUGAUGCCUUAGCUGCUGUGGCACAGCUGUUUCAGUCUCCACAUGGUCAGGAGCUGCAGAGGAUGCUCCAGAACAUCCAGCAGGCAGAUAAGACCCUAGCAGCCACCACUGAAAACAACAUACCAAAACGGCCUCAGAUCCCACAUGCCCAGCUCAACGCAUACAGUGCACACACUGAAAAGAAAAGCUCAUUAGCUGAGAAACUUCUUGACCGAUUUGACUAUGAUGAUGAACCUGAAGACACAAUGGCUACUGAAGGCAACAUUCACUCACAACCUGAAAAUGUGAUGAACCAGUUUCUUGGUCUGGGGCCCAACACAGAUAUUAAUCAGCGUAUGAUGAGUCAGACUGAGGAUAUAAAGCACAGUGGUGGAAUGAGUCAAACUGAGCAUCAUAUGAUUCCAGAUGGAUAUCAGUCCACAAAUGAGGUUUACUCUCGAUCCCGGGGAAGUUCAAGAGAAGAUUUAUCUAUGAGGCGGGAAGGCAGGCACAGAGGCCAUGGGAGAAGAUCCAGAUCUGGUUCCAGAUCUCCAAGGAGAAGAAGAUCAAGAUCUUCAUCUCGCUCAAGAAGGUCAAGGCGUUCUCUCUCCCGAGAACAGCGCUGGAGAUCUCAUUCUCAGGAUAGGAGUGAAAGAGAGAAGGACAGAGAGCGCAGACAAAAAGGUCUUUCCAGCAUAAAGAGUCAGACGCUCAGUGUUUGCAGUACUACACUUUGGGUUGGACAGUUAGACAAGAAAACCCAGCAGUCUGAUGUAAUGUCUCUUUUGGAAGAGUUUGGGCAGAUUGAGUCCAUCAAUAUGAUUCCUCCAAGGGGUUGUGCCUAUAUUGUUAUGGUUCACAGGCAAGAUGCCUACACAGCCUUGAACAAACUCAGUAGGGGGUCAUACAAAGUCAAUCAGAAACCAGUUAAGAUUGCUUGGGCCUUGAAUAAAGGUAUAAAACCUGCUCACAAAAAGUUCUGGGAUGUGGAGCGGGGAGUUACCUACAUCCCCUGGAAUAAAGUCAAAGUUGAGGAGUUGCAGAGCUAUUGCGAAGGUGGUAUGCUGGAUGUAGAAACACUAAAUCCAGAGUGGAAUAUUACCAAAGACAUCAACAAUCAGGCAGCUGUUAAUGGAAUGUUGGAAAGUGUACCAGAUGGAAUCGUCUCUGCUCAUGUUCAGUUACCACCAGUUCAACAGACAGAACUCAUCGGAAGUUCGCCUGUCUUCCCAAGCCCUAUUAUGCUAUCUCCUACAUCCAUGCCUCCAGCAGGAGUUCCUUUCAUCCCCACAGAGUUUGAUCCAAUAAAGUUGGCAGCCGGAAGUAUAAAAUCUCCAGAGAUAUCCACAGAAGAUCCUAAAGGAAACAAAGGUGCUUCUCUUGAUGUCAUGACUGCCAACCAGCUGGGGCAUCCCACAUCACCAGUAAUGACCCUGCCGAACCCUGCUAUCAUGCAGGGACACAGCCCGGGUAUGCCACCUCUGCAACCGCCUCCCUGCAUGACAAAUCCUCAUAUGCCUCCUUUCCUCUCACCUCCAAGCAUGCCACAAAUGCCCCCGCAGAUGAUUCCAGGAGGACCCAUGUUUCCAUCAGACAGGUUCAGAAUGCCCAUGCCGUUCCCUCCUCGCGGUCCCCCUUUCCAUCGACAUCCUUCCAUGGGACCCGAGAGCAUAAAUGACAGGGAAGGAAGGCAGUUCCGAAAUGGGAGGCCUGGAUUUGGGUGUCCACCUUUUCACAGAGGGAGGUGGUAAAUGCAAGAGGACUAAUGAACCUACGGAAAGGAGCGGGGUUUAUGUGGAACCACUGUGACAAAGACUGCUGUUAUCUGUGAGUGGUGCAUUAAAAAAAACUGUUUCAAAUCGUCACUGCACCAGAUCCCUUUCCUAGCGUCCAAAAUGAAAAGGAAUACACUAUUUUGUGAUGUGAUACCAACUUCUUUAAGUUCAUCAACCAAGAGAUUUGUUGCUGUAAAUAAUGUAAUUGCUUGUAGCUGGGGUUUUUUUUUUUUUGUAUACCUAAAAGUUGUGGAGUUUAUGGUUGAGUCUUUAAUUGGUAGGUGCAGGUACAAACAAAGGCAAUGUCUGUAUUUUUGAGCAUAUUCCUUUAUCAGAGUUUUGUGUAUGGAAGAAAACUAUAUAACAUUUUUGGUAUUUUGUUUUUAGUAGACUGCCUUUGUACUACGUUGAUAUUUAAGUCUUCACAUGGAGAAAAAAAAGGUUGUCAUGUGAAGAAUAUUUCAUUCCUGCCAGUAGAGGGUAGAGUACACCCUGUUUCCUAAGGUCACACCUUGUAGGAUCAUGUGGAGUGAAUAUUAAAGAGUUACUGCCAUUUGA